GGUUGACACGGUCCAUGACGCAAAAGAAGAAUAACAAAAUAAAGGGACAAUGAAAAUUGCAUCCAUUAAAGGUACAUCUUGUUGUGUUUAAGUAAGCGACUUCCUAGUUAAGAUCUAGACGUAUUCAGAUUUUGGAUCCAAUACUUCUACUCUUUGAAUAUCAAGAUGACAACAAGUGUAGGAGUGGCAGCGUUGGUUUCGGUGGCUCUUACAUUUGGCCUUUGGCUGGCUGCCAUGGUAACACCAGGCUGGUUCAUUUUAUCAGUUGCCAAUUCUAAGCCUCCUGCGAUCUAUACGAAUGACCAAUCUUUAUUUGGGAACUCUUUAGAGGACACAAAUUAUCAGAUUCCUGAAAAAGUAUCGGUGAGCAUUCGGAUGAGCAUUUUUUACGUUAAUGUUUGUAACAACAACAAGUGUGAUCACAUACCCUUCGACAAACUCCCUUCACACUCCAAAAGGACAAUGGAAAAUCUUCCUUCGUUAACGGAAAUACAAAUUGAGACUGUGUUUGCCGUGUCCUUCUGCGUGAUCAGCUUUUUCAUUGUUCUGUUGAACUUCGGGUCUCCCUCUAGACUUUUGUGUGGAGGAAUCCUCAUGUUUAUUGCUGCGGCAGUGGAAGCCAUCGUGGUUAUGCGCAUGUCUGUAGCUAACGUAGACGUAUCGGUGCUUCUUGGUUCUACGCAAACUCUUCUGACAGCGGAGAACAUGUCGAUGGAAAUCGAGACGCCGUAUUCCAUCAUCCUUGCCGGGAUCGGUCUGCUGGCUAGCAUCGUGUCCAUGACCACCAUUGGAUAUUUGCGUUCAAAAUCACGACAGCAGGCUACGGAUGGCCGGGUGCUUCAUGUGUACCCAAAUACGAAUGCCUUCACGAUCCUUCAAGAAACGUACUAAUUGCUGAAAACACCAUCCUUGAUUAAACACGUACAGUUCGUUAGGACCUUUACACCCAUGUGUUGAUUGAUUGGACGAUUUUUCUUCAAUUUAUAGGCUUUUACUGAAAUUAUGCAUUUCUUAUUUUGAAUUAAAAUAUUUAAAGUAUCAGAAAGUUAUACUAAUUCCUAUAUUUUGCUUAAAAGAGGGAUGGGUCUCUUUGUCUGGAGAAUAUAUCAAAACCAAAUUAAAAGGUUUGAAUCAGACCUUCUACAUACAUUUUUUAUCAAAGUGAAAUAACAUUUACCAAGUGUACAGUUUGAUUUACAGUGAAUACAUGAAUGUUUCCAUUUUCUAUGUAUCCAUUUUCUGUUGGCGUGGGGAAGGAGUAUAAGUCCCGAAAGGACAGUUCUAGUUCUAUUUUCUUUCCCAACUCGACUUCAAGGAUCUACAAGUAUAUGAGAUUUUCCCGUUAAAAUUUUUCUCUAGAACUCGGGCUUGGAAAAUUUUUUCAUGCCAUAGAUUUAUUUUUCCAAUACACCACAGUGACGGAAGUUUGUCCAAAAUUGCGCUCUAUUCUUUUUUUUUGUUUGUUUUUUUUUUUUUUUGCAUGAAAAUUGCUAUGAAAUUAGAAUUUAAACUAAUUUUGAGUAAAAUUAAGGUUUUGUGUCACUUUUGAUGUAAAUAUACUUCAUAUAAAAAAUAUCAGAGCUCACAGACAGGACAUCAUUUAGCAAAAUGACAUUUUCUAAGAUUGCAUUUAAGCACAUUCUAUUGAUUAUCAGAUCACAAACAAGUUUAGAAUUUUAAUUCCGAAUAAGAAAUGUACACUACAUUGAAAACAAUAGAAACUAAGAUAUGUAUGCAAAGUACUAUUCAUUAAAGUUUGACAAAAUGUUUGUCUGUUCUUAUCCUAUUGAGUCGAUACUCUCAAAUUUUGUUCUCUCCUGUUGUACCUAUUCGUUUAUCUUUCAUUAUUUUUAUUCGUUUUUCUGUCAUUAUUUUUAUUUGAUUUCAUUUUUUUUUCUCUCUUUUGUGUGUCCCUUAGUUCCCAUUAACCACCCCUCAUUUAUCUUUUGUUAGCUUAUUUCAAUUAUGUAUAUACAUAUCAAUUAAUCAUACUCCUUAUAUUAUCAUUAUGCUUUGAAUGAUAUAUUGUCCUUUUACUUCAUAUCUAUAUUGUUAUUCAUAAUAAAAUACUAUUUAAAUUAAAGUUUGAUCAAAAAAUGGUUACAAAUCAAGAUUCAAUCUUGUUUGGAAUUUUGUUUUUAGCUUGACCUUUGACUUGUAACCUUGAAAAUCAAUAGAAACCCAAGUACUUUAUACAAGGUAUCAUUUCUGCAAGUCUAAAAAAGAUAUUGUAAUAGGCAUGUGAAUUAAACGCUUCUGAUUUAAAUCAAAAUAUUAAAACGUUUGCCCUUAUUGUGUAUGAGUGCCUUUAGUUGUACAUUGUGUAUUCGCCUGCAAUAAACGUUUACUUAGAUUUUA